CAUGUGUGUAUUUGUCCGUUUCCGGCGGUGUGAAGCCAGUGCGCUCGAGGGGCCCAGGGCUCUGCCUCUGCCAGUGUUUCGUCGGCUCCCCUGGUUCUCCAGUUACUCAACUUUAUGUCACUGGUAAGUGACAUUUUCUCGAGUCCAAGGACUAAACCGAAACCGCGAGGCUGGAAAGGAUACCGUUCUCCGGCGUUCAGUUGUUUCAGAAAAUGGUGGUGGAGUGCCGCCGAGGUUUUGCGCGGAAGUUUCGCAGUCAAAGCGAACAGAGCGGGAGCCGCCGGCUAGCCAGAGUUUUCAGUCGGGCAAGGGGGGUCGUGCACACCGUGAUGCGGCGCGGUGAAAGCGGGACCGCGAUAAAGGGCAUGAGUACAGGCUGAGAGAUCGUCUGGGAGUUGAGGAGAGACCCAUUACAGUGAAAAUCGUGAAAACAGCGGUCAUUUCCCUACCAUGAUUUUCCAAAGUCUUGCGGUGUAACCGCUCUCCCCGAUUUCUCAUCACCCAGGUGUAUAACCGCGCAACGGUUUUUUUUGUAUCGCCGGCCCACCUCGCCGUUUAUUUCUAAGGAAAUCAUCUCCCAGUUAACCGAUGACGUGCCUCACCUUGUCGCUUCCUCAGUCGGCAUCUUCCAGAGUGAUCCGGAUAAAACCCAUGCUGUAAAAUCGUCAAGUUUGUCCCGAGGGCAGCACCGCGCCGCUUCCAGCCCUGUACUAGCACCAGAGGCUCGCGUUUUUCGGACGAGUGACCGAGAAAAGGCGUGUGCAUUUUGAGGGGAUUAGCUAGUUUUCUCCGACAUUUCUCCGACAGUGACGGACACUUCAAGCUACUUAAGGGUCACAGGAGAAACAACCGCGCUCACUUCCUCUGGUUCUCGGCGUGGUUUUGCGGAGAGUGCAUUCCCACGUUGCAGAGCGAAGCCGGAAGACGCUAUCGGCUCGGUGUCGUUUCCCCUCUUCCCUUCCCAGUCGAAACUUUUGAGCUACGGAAAAAACAAAGAACCAGCACCAUCCGUCUCCUGUGACUUCAUUCCUCGGUAAACCAUCUCUUCCGCCCCUAGGUUCGCACCCCAAUCUCGCGUUAGCAGUUAGAACCUCGCGCUUGCCUUUCGGGACCACCGGUCGCUAGGGUCUGAAAAUCUGUUUUUUCCCCCAAGUUCCUGCUUCAGUCUUCCUUUUUAGCCUGUCUUCCCUCUGUUUUGCUCCGUCCGCCAUGGCGUUCACUUCCCCCUCCUCCUCGAGGGCAGCCUUUCUGCUGCUCGUCAGCCUCUCGACCUUUGCGUCCGUUUCUAAUUUCGCGGUUCGCUUUGAAGCCGCAGCAGCUCCUGCGGACAACUCUGGUACUGUGACAUCCACAACGACGCAAGCGCCCCUGGAAGUUGCGUGCUCUGCGCCAGUGCACCAGCAAGCGUGCACGCUGGAUCUGACCACGGGUGCCACUGGCAAAUUUCAGUGCAGCAACGCUCUGCCGGACUCGAAGUUCUCCAAGGCAUACACGUCGGAUGGCUCUGUGGUGAACAUUCCGGACAUUGUCCCCGGAGCGAUCGUGACGAAGACUGGCACGAGUGGCAGCAUUCAGAUCCCCGAUUCUUUCUACGGUCGCGCCUGCUUCGCGCUCACGUGUUCCGAGAUCGAUUCGACACCGAUCCAGCAGUCCAGCGGAAAUCCUGACUCUGCGACAGCAGUGAAACUCAUCAGAUACACGCUGAUGGUGCGCGUGAACGGCGGGACGUCAGACUGCGCAGACGAACCCUCUUUGUUGCCAAGCUCGCGAACCAACUGAGGAGGACCGAAAAGGGAUACAAGGGAGAAAUAGGGAUGCAGGUGCGGAAAAGCGAGGAUUGAGUGCCGGAGACCCGCUUGAGCAAGACUGAAUUACCAGAAUGACUCUGUAGAACCCAAGUCGCCCGACGCCGACGGUGGGGAAAAGCAGGAUACAGGAAAAACGAGCAGGUAGUAAUUCGUGCUGCACCCAGUCUCAUGCCUUUUUUCUGAGGGAACUGUCGGAGCUUGCCUUCAGGGAAAACAUAGAAGCCUCGCGAGGACCAGGUGCCUCAUCCAGCACCUGGUCUUUCUUCGGGCGUCUCACAGACCCAAACUUACAGCACACAACGCGGCACCGCCCUUCGCUUUUUUCGUCGCUUCUUGAAACUUUCGACCAAACAGCUCUCUCGGGCGUACGAGUGACCCUGUCUGUGGCUUCAGCUUCUCUAGUCAAAAAUUGUUCGGAGACUGAGACGGUUAUCAUUCCGUGUCCCGAAUCAAGUGGUUCCCAUGUACCUCCGGUGACAACUUUUGGUUGAGUGACUGAACUUACCAAGCGCCCUCUUAACGCAGCUUUUUUCACCGAGCGAGAACUUUAACAGUUGGUGUCGGGCGCCAGGAAAAGAGGCAGGGUGCUUCCUGGAAUCUUGACUGUCGUUCCUGUUGAAUACGGGGAGACUUACGUUUCCCGUCGAUCUAGGGAGUAGCGCUUAAGAGCUAGACUCGGCGGAGGCACGAAGACAGGCUCACGUAGACUCGAUAGAAAGAAAACUUUGGGUGAUUCGACUGUGGUAGGCAUCCGUACAAUCUGGAGUACAACCAUGCAUGGGGCUCUGAGCUCCUCAUUAUAUCGAUCUGUAUAUACGGAUUGUUCUGCGACAGCACAAAGG